CCCUGUUCCUCUACCACCCAACAUACCCCCCCUAACCUACGCACCCUCCCCCUUCGACCCCGGCCCCCGCCUCCACCCCAUCUAUAAGACUAGGGUUUCCUAUCUCUCUCCACCCUUUAAACUUGGAGGACCAUUUUUCAGGCGAAGACUGACAAAAGAAAAAAAAAACUUUCAAGAAGAAGAAGAAGAAGAAGAAGAAGAAGAGGGUGGUUUGAGGGUCCGGAAUAGGGUUAGGGUUUUUGAGAGAUGUGGGAUGCUUCAGGCAUUGAUGAAUCUUAUCUCUCUGUGCUGGAAGCCAUUCGGCGGUCAGGACGGCGGUGAGAAAUUAGAUUCCUUCGCUGUAAUCGGUAGCCAUUGUAACGGCGGAGGAAGAGAAGGCAGGGAUGGGUUGCUUUGGUUCCGCGACAUGGGCAAGUUCGCGGCCGGGGAUUUCUCCAUGGCCGUGGUCCAGGCCAACCAGGUACUCGAGGACCAGAGCCAGAUCGAGUCUGGAUCCUUCGGGACCUUCGUCGGCGUCUUCGACGGCCACGGUGGCCCCGACGCAGCUCGCUACGUUUGUGACAACUUGUUCAGGCAUUUCCAAGCAAUAUCGGCUGAGGGGGGAGUUGUGACAACUGAUACCAUUCAAAGGGCUUUCCGUGAAACAGAGGAAGGGUUUAGUGCUCUUGUUUCACAGUUAUGGAGUACUCGGCCCAGCAUAGCAACAGUUGGUUCAUGCUGUCUAGUUGGAGUUAUAUUUCAGCGGACUCUCUUCAUUGCAAGCCUGGGAGAUUCACGUGUUGUUUUAGGUAAGAAAGUGGGUAACACUGGAGGAAUGGCCGCCAUACAGUUAUCGACGGAACAUAAUGCAAAUUUGGAGGCUGUCAGGCAGGAGCUUAGGGAGUUGCACCCUAAUGAUCCUCAAAUCGUUAUUCUCAGGCAUGGAGUUUGGAGAGUAAAAGGCAUUAUCCAGGUUUCUAGAUCCAUAGGUGACGUAUAUAUGAAAGAUGCACAGUUUAACAGGGAACCUAUUGAUGCAAAAUUCAGACUUCCUGAACCAAUGAAUAUGCCAAUCUUGAGUGCUGUCCCAACUAUUAUUUCUCAUCAUCUCCAUCCAAAUGAUUCUUUCCUUAUAUUUGCAUCUGAUGGUCUAUGGGAACACUUGAGUAAUGAGAAGGCUGUGGAUAUUGUUCACAGUCAUCCACAAGCAGGAAUUGCCAAAAGGCUUGUCAAGGCUGCCCUACAAGAAGCAGCAAGGAAACGUGAAAUGAGAUAUUCAGAUCUUCGUAAAAUAGACAAGAAGGUUCGGCGCCAUUUUCAUGACGAUAUCACUGUUAUUGUUUUGUUCUUAAACCAUGACCUUAUAUCCAGCGGCAUGGUGCAAGUACCCCCGAUCUCAAUCCGAAGUGCUCUUGAACACUGAUAAUUGAGGAAAGCAGGCAUGUUUCCUCGAGUACUCUGAUUUUGGCCAGCAUUCAUAAAGCCACACUAGCCCUGCAAGGCAUGUUAUGAUGCAUGUCUUCAGAACAGCUCUGACAAAGCAUUCGCAUUGCAGGGAUACCGAUAGAGAUUAAUAUAUAUAUCUGAAGAGGCUUAUAAUUUGUAUAAUGUUGUGAGAAAUGACUUUGAUUUCUACAAAUUCCAUGGUAUAUACCCUGAUAUAUUUGUUAAA